GUGUCUGGAAGAGCCUGGGCAGCUAACUGGGAUCCUUCUGUGUCAUCUCCAAUCUGAGCUACAGAGGGUGGAUGUGCCUACAGAAGAGGCUACUCUCGGAUUCCUUUUAAGGAGUGGGCCGGUGUGUUUCCAAGUAGUCAUUUUCUAGAGGCAAACUGGAUGUUCACACAGAUGAUUGGAAUUUGGCUUGCUGCACUUUAUCUGCUGGACCCAACAGCAGGCGAAAAAGUUUGCUACCGACGACUUGGCUGCUUUUCAGAUAAACCGCCAUGGGCUGGAAUACCAGGGAGAUUUCUGGCAGGUUUACCCGACUCUCCAGAGAGUAUGAACAUCAGCUUCACCCUGUACACUAAAGAAACUAGAAAUAACUCUCAAGUGAUCUCUGCAAUACAUUCCUCAACUAUCAAAGACUCAUAUUUCUGCUCCCAUAGGAAAACACGCUUCAUUGUUCAUGGAUUCAUGAGCACCGGAAAACGUGGCUGGGUGGUAGAGAUGUGCUUGCUGCUAGUGGAAGUGGAAGAUGUGAACUGCAUUGCCGUGGACUGGGCAGACGGUGCAAAAGGCAUAUACAUCAGUGCAGUGAACAACAUCCGUGUUGUUGGGGCUGAGAUUGCUUAUUUCAUAAAUACUCUUAUGAAAAUGUUUCAAUACCGCCCUUCUCAUAUCCAUAUCAUUGGCCAUAGUCUGGGUGCACAUGCUGCAGGAGAUGCGGGAAGAAGAAUACGAGGCAUCAAAAGAAUAACCGGUUUGGACCCCGCUGGGCCCUUCUUUGAAGGCACUCCGCCUAACGUCAGAUUGGACCCUACGGAUGCAAGAUUUGUUGACGUUAUUCAUAGUAAUGCUGCCCAAUUUCCUACUAUAGGAGUUGGAAUGGUUAAUACCACUGGCCACCUUGACUUUUACCCAAACGGAGGAAGUAUUAUGCCUGGAUGCGAUGAUGUAAUUAUUCCAGUGACUAAAAAAGACUGUCGAGUCUUCGCUGAAGAUGCCAAUUCUCCUAUAUGCCAUCAUUCACGCAGCCAUCAGUUUUAUUUUCAAAGUAUCCUCUAUCCCAAUGGAUUUCUUGGAUAUCCCUGCAGGACAUACGAGUUCUUCCAGUCGGGACUCUGCUUCCCAUGUCCCAGAGACGGCUGCCCAAUGAUGGGUCACUAUGCUGAUCAAUAUCCAGCUAAACUGGAGAAAAUAAACCAAAAAUAUUUUUUAAACACAGGAGCACACCCACCCUUCACUAGUUGGAGCCACCGAAUAUCUAUCAAGCUGUCUGGCACGAAGAAAGUGAGGGGGGAACUAAACAUAGUUUUCCAUGGCACAGACGGGUUCACAAAGCAGUACAAAAUUAUCUGUGGACUCCUUCAUCAAGGCAGCAUUUAUACAAAGUACGUCGAUGUUGAAAUUAACCCAAGAUAUAUUACAAAAGUUGAAUUUCUCUGGAAUAAGAAUAUAUUGACUCUGCUUUGGGCCCGAUUGGGAGCAGAAAUGGUCCACAUAAUCAGUGAAGAAGAUGGACAUGUGUCUACAUAUUGUGGCAAUGGAAAUGUGAAAUAUGGAAUUCCACAAUUACUUACACCUUGCUAAAUUAAAUCCCAUCAACUAUAGUUGCUGUGUUAUCUGUCCUCUCUCUGGGGUUGUUUUCACACACAGCUAUUGAUAGAAAAUAAUUCUUAAAUAGGUAGUUUUCUUUGUUUUCUCAGCUCUGUGCAAACACACUGAUGGGUUUUUCAAGCAAGAAGUCAUUGUUUAAGUUUAUCCUAGUCCACUUCCCUUGUAAGAGAAGGGGCAGGAGCCACGGGAGUACAUAUAUAGAUGCACUGAUAAACAUUGUAAUAUUGACACAAUCUUUUCAAACAGAGUCUC